UUAAGUCUCAUAACAAUAAUGUAAUUCUAAUUCGUAUUUAAUGAGAAUCGAAUCGGAGAAAAGCUUCUAACAAAAAAAAAUAAGGGAAAAAAACUACGAUGAUGGGCUGGUUACUAGGCCCGUAAAAUUAAAGAAGAGUUUUUGUUAGGCCCCGGCAUUGUGAUUUGAACCAAUGUAAUGAAUUUCCAUCAGACGGCUGACGACGCACCUCCACCCUUGAGCCCUCAGCUUUCAGCAGCUCUCGACCAUGGUGCGGAGAUUUUUCUCCGUGCGGCAAAUGGACCUCCAACAAAACCACCAAUGCCACCCUAUUCUACUUCUCUCUGGCCCUCCUUCCUGCGGAAAGACCUCCUUACUAUUCCAGUUUGCAUUCAACUCCGCCAUGGAGGUCGCCCAUCAAUGCACAAAUGGUCAAGUAACUUUCAUCUGCAACCGCCGCAGGUUAGAGGUCAAACCGCCCUAUCUUUCCCAGGGCGUUGAUUCAUCCUCCGAAGCAUUUCGACGAAUACGAAUGAAGUAUGUGGACGAUGAGGAAGGAAUUAAGAAGUACUUUGCUGCAUUUCAUCUGCACGAAACAUUUCCGGCCACGGUUGUCAUCGAUGAUUUUGGAGAUUUCUUUGAUACAAGGAGCUGCCAAGAAAGAUACGGAAACCCACGAGGAAGAGACUUGGCAAUAGUUCGGACACUGGCUUUGUGUCACAAUGCCAUGAUCCAUGCCAACGAAACAAGGCCUUGCAAGCUUGUGUUAUCGGAUACGCACCAUGGAGACUCCCCGCGGUUGCUCUUCAUAUACAAAAGAUGGAUUUCGACCAUUUUUACAAUUCGAGGUGAUGGCUCUGGAUCGUUUAUUGUUAAAGACCAUAGCAAUUCAGGGGGAAGCAAGAGUGCUAAGUACUCCGUAGCUCUCCAGAAUCUUUUGCUAGAGGAGAUCACUGAAGCAAGUGAAUCGUAGGUGUAUCGAAUUCAGGCUCGAAAUUGAUCCAGGCUCCAUGACUUUUGAUCCCUGCAUUAUGUCAGAGUUAAUAUCAGCUUCACCUUCAUUACUUUUGCUGACAUUGAGAGUUCUGUAAAAACCCUUGGGUUCUCUGUGACGUGCUUUCUCUGAAACAUGAUCCGAUCAGUUUUUCAAGUUUCCAGAAGCAGUUUAGGUGCAUCUUUUGUUAGUUCAAAUAUAUAGAGAACAUACUGAUUCAUCAAUUUAUACGGUUUCGGAGAGUCGGAAUUUUUCAAAAAUUUAACAACAAAAGUAUGGAGCUAUUAGUUUGUACCGGGUUUAUUACUGUUUCAUGUACAUAAAUAUUCAAGAACCAUGCCAACUACUCUUCCAAGUAGUAAUUAUUCAUAGAAUAUUACAGUCAGCAGUAAAAAC